AUGUCCAAAUACAAACUGAUCAUGUUAAGACAUGGGGAAGGUGCUUGGAACAAAGAAAAUCGUUUUUGUAGCUGGGUGGAUCAGAAACUUAACGAAGACGGACUGGAGGAAGCUCGAAACUGUGGGAAGCAACUCAAAGCGCUAAACUUUGAGUUUGAUCUAGUAUUCACAUCCGUUCUGAAUCGGUCCAUCCACACAGCCUGGCUGAUCCUGGAAGAGCUAGGGCAGGAGUGGGUUCCCGUGGAGAGCUCCUGGCGUCUGAAUGAGCGUCACUACGGAGCCCUGAUCGGUCUCAAUAGGGAGAAAAUGGCUUUGAAUCAUGGCGAAGAGCAAGUGAGGAUCUGGAGAAGAAGCUACAAUGUGACCCCACCACCCAUUGAGGAGUCCCAUCCUUACUACCAAGAAAUCUACAGUGACCGGAGGUACAAAGUGUGCGAUGUACCAGUGGACCAACUGCCGCGGUGUGAAAGUUUAAAGGAUGUUCUGGAGAGACUCCUUCCCUUUUGGAAUGAAAGGAUUGCUCCUGAAGUGUUACGUGGCAAAACCAUUCUGAUAUCUGCUCAUGGAAAUAGCAGUAGGGCACUCCUGAAACAUCUGGAAGGUAUCUCAGAUGAAGACAUUAUCAACAUUACUCUUCCCACUGGCGUCCCCAUUCUCCUGGAACUGGAUGAGAACCUGCAUGCUGUUGGGCCUCACCAGUUCCUGGGAGACCAAGAGGCUAUCCAAGCAGCCAUUAAGAAAGUAGAUGAUCAAGGAAAAGUGAAAAAAGCUGCAAAAUAA